AUAAGAAAGAAAAAAAUAUAACUCCUACCUCUUCUCUUCAUGUAUAUGUAUACCGUUUCCUAUCUAAGUCAUACACAUUUAUCAUUCAUGGAGAAAAAUGCUCGCACUCUUUCCGGCCGCAGCCAACUCACGGUGGUGCCGCCAUCACGACGGCUUGUCCGUACUCAAAGCAGUGGGAGCCUUGCGAGUAUAACCACCCCAGAAAGAACCUCACGGAGGUUCAGCUCUGGUGAAAAAUUAACCAAUAGUCACCGUUCAAAAUCAACAUCGAAAAUAAGAACUGAAAACAACGAAGGGAAUGCAAAGUUUCUUGAUAAGAAGAAAAGUAGCAAGUUAUUACAAUACGGGGUUAGCCCUGAUCGUAAUGGAGCUUCAAAGAGGACCACAUUGCCUUCGGCGUGGGCGCUUUCACCGGGAAGGAAAUCCCUUGGCUCUCCGAUUUGGUCAGAGUCACCGCCUAAAGCAGUCGGAAGCAACGGUGGCAAUGGUGGUGGUAGAGUUGGUAAUAGUGUCAAUAAAGUCUUGAAUUACUUCAAACAAAGGAAAGUGUCAUCCAUGCAAGAAGAAGUGUAUCAUAAGUUCAAGAUUUUGCAUAACAGACUUUUGCAAUGGAGAUUUAUUAAUGCUAGAGCUGAUACUUCCAUGGCUAGGGUAAAAAAUGCAGCUGAGAUAAACUUGUUUUCUGUAUGGCUUGGAAUCCUAAUGCUAAGAAAGAUCAUAAUACAAAAGAGAAUAGAAGUACAAAAGGUCAAACAUACGAUCAAGCUUCAACAUAUUCUGAUUGGUCAACUCUCCCUUCUAAUUGAAUGGAAAAAAUUGGAAAGAAAGAAUCAAGAAUCAAUAGACAAAUUAACAAAGAAGUUGUUAGCAUUAUCCACCAUCGUGCCCUUAACUCAUGGUCUCAAGGUAGACACAGAUGCCAUCUCUGAAGCCUUGAACACAGCCACUAAAGUCAUGGAUAGUUUUGAGCCAUUGAUCAUGAAAUAUCAGCCUCAGCAGGUUGAGAGAAUUCUUUAUCAAGUUACAGAACUAACCACCACAUCAAGACAAGAAGAAGAGUGCUUGCAUGAACUUGUGGGCAUUGUUCCUAUUAUUACUUAUUUACUAGAAAAGGAAAUUGGCAUUCAAGUGCAUCUUAUUCAAACAAACAUGGGGUCUGAUGCUGGCAACUAAACCUGUAGCAUUGUUCAAUCAUGUAUUUGAAAUGAGAUCUUAUUUCAUGUGUUUAAGGACAAAUAUUUUUCUAAUGAUCGAUAAAAAUGUGUUAGGUAGUGUACCAAAAAGAAUGUGUUAGGCAGUAGUGCUACAAUUCUGUGAAUAAUCAAAAUGUUGUGAGCGCACCCUACAAUAGUUACAUGAAUUUGUGGAAUUUAACGA